AGAAAAUAAAGCUACAUGUGGCUAAACUGCCUUCGCUUCCUCUCCACUCCGAGCCCCCCCCCCCCUCCCCACUCCCAGUUCAGCCUUGGGCCGACUACCGCGCCGCCUCGAGCUGUUCCUUGAGAUAUUGUUGUUGCAAGGAUUUCUCUGAACCUGACGUUAGUCGGUUACACUUCCCCAAAGGUUGAAGCAGCGGCAAGGGCACCUCAUGUUAUCUGCAUAGGGAUGGGGUGGCUUUGCAGCAUGGAAAUAUGGAAAUGAGAGGUAGUAUUUACAGGCUACCUGGUUUUCUGCGAGUUUAACCAGGAUGGGGUCUCUUUGCUGCGUGGCCGCACGGCCUCAUGGGACUAGCACAGCCAGCCGGGAGUGGUCCUCUAUUGGCCGGAGCGACCCGCUCUGGCGGGCUAACGCCGGCUUCUCACCGCCACUGUCCAGGAGGUGGGAGUACCGGAUUAAUUCUGAGGGGCUGUCUUAUGGAUCCCAUGGUGACAGUGGGGUUGCUGCGAACUAUGGGUCAUCACUAUCCUCAAAUAGUAAAGAGGCUAGCAGGAGCUGGGAGAGGAACGAGCUUCCACCAGAUCAUCAUUACUCUACGUCAGAGGGUGCCAUUUCAUAUUUCAACAGCCCAGAUAUUAGCUUCCAGAACCACCAUAUUAUGCUGCCCAUGCUGCAAGAUUCUAGCGUUGAUGAGUAUGUGAGAGUUUCAGUGGCUGAGCCGAUUGGUGCGUUGUUAUUGUCAGAGGGAAUGUCAGGACAUCAGAAUAGUGGUGGUUCCACCUCCUCUCGCUCUGAUGGAAGUGAAUAUGACAUUGUACCUAAAUCAUACUCAUUGACGCCCCGCAACUUCCCAAGUCGCCGAUCAUUCCUGUCAAAGCCAGUCCAUCCUCUCUCAUUUCUGGAACAUGCACUAGGAGCACAAGAAACUCAUAGUCCUGUUGCCAAUGCAAGCUCCAACAAUCCUCUGCGCUCUGAGUUCAAGGGAACAGGAGAGCUUCACUCUCCAGGUCUCAUGGACUAUGGCAGUGGCAGUCAUGGGGAGUCAGCAAAUUGGAGUGUUGCAAGUAGCAUGGAUCUUACUGAUUUCUCAGAACGACCUGAAGCUGAACAUGCUGGACCACUGCGUCCUAAUAAUGUAAUGGAGGAAACGAGGUGUGACCUUUGCGAGAGGCUUUUGACCAAGAGAUCACCUUGGGGUUCUCGACGAAUUGUCCGUACUGGAGAUCUGCCAGUUACUGGUGUGCUUCCAUGCUGCCAUGUCUAUCAUGCUGAGUGCUUAGAGCGGACCACUCCCAAGGGGCAGAAGCAUGAUCCUCCUUGUCCUGUGUGCGACAAGCUGGCUGGUAAAGAUACCGAGCAGUGGUCAAUUUGCAGGUUAAAAAACGGAUUGCCAAGAUUACGUUCACUAGGGGAAGGGCCUUCUAGAGUUUGGAGCUGUGCUCAGGCUGGAGAUUGUGUCGCUGGUGCUGGCCAGAUACCAAAAUCAAGUAGCAUUGCGCUGUUGAGUCGGAGUGGUCACAAGAGGCAUGCCUCUUUGAAAGGAGAACCCGGCAAGGACUUAACUGAAACUUAAAAAAGUGCUUGCAUGUAGCUUCCUAGUGCACUUCUGUAGCUAAUGGUCAUGGCCUUGCAUUAUGGUCGCAAGGUGGAUGUAUCGACACAGAUAUUGCUAUGGUUUAAUGGUCCGACUAGAAAAUGACAUAGACAUGCCUUGUAGCUGACGAAAUUUACCUCUAUCAGAAACCAGGGUUGCCACCUGUGCAUAACGGCCUUAGAUCUCUACCUAUUCUUUUUUAUGUGCUGAAACUGUUCCUGAUGAAGUUGUAUGUGCUGGAAAUGUAAGAGUAGAACAACAGGUAAACUGAUCUCUGUAACCACUCAUGCGGAUCUAUGAAAUUAACACAAUUAUCUCGA